AUGGUUAUCACUAACAAUGGGGCUCUGAAGCAAAUGUGGAUACUGUAUCCAGCGACUAGAGAUCCCAGACAAAGAAUUUUAACAGAUUACCCGCUGACCGAUCAAGAACGAGCCGAUGAGUUGCGCUUGCAAGACACGCGUGCGGCCUUGUUCGCUGAACAACAGCAGCAACAGCAACAGUAUGGCGAUCACGAUUAUGAACUGGAGGAGGAUGAAGAAGAGGAAGAGGACGAUGAAGACGAUGACUUUAGCCCUGCGUGCAUGUGUCCAAGCUGUAUUCACAAACCACAGCAAUACGGAGGUGACGAGUACAUGGAUAACGAAAGUGACCCGGAGUAUCUAGAUGAUGAUUACUACGAUGAGCAUCCGCCACACCAUUGCGCUAAUCACACACACGGGCAUCAGUGCAACGGGGGUAUAGGCAGUAAUCUGCAACCCAAAUUGAAUCACGACUUCCCAACUGCACGAAACAAGUUACGGAUGAAAUUACAGCAACAAUCACUGGAGCAAGCCAGGAAGAAGGAGAAAGAGGCCAAAAGGCAAAAGGACGCCGAGAAUGCGUUUGUUGCUCCAGUCGAUGAUCUUCUGCAGUACAUCGAAGGUCAAGCGUCCAAGCCUCAGGUGGAUGGACCCAAGAAGGGCAAGGCAGAGAAGCGAGCGCGUAAGAAGCGUGAAGAGGACAUGAAGAGGAAACAACAUGAGGCUAUUGCGGCGGAGAAAGCACGACUGAAUGCUAAGGCGGAGCAGGAGGCGAAGAAGAAGGAGGAGGAGUUGCAGAAACGAGUGCGAUCCGAGCCACCACAAAUGGUCCCCGUUGGUAGCGCCUCGGGGAAAAAGAAGAAGAAUGUGAAAGCCAACGCAAAUGUUGCGACUAAGGGAAAUGCUAACGGUACUGGUGCUAAAGCAAAUGCAAGUGCGCAGGCGGGGAGUGCUGGAGUAUAUGCGGCGAGCGGGAAUGGAGUGGAAGGUAAGGGUGCUAAUGGGGUUGGCAGCAGCGGUGGUGGUAAGAAUUUAUCGACUGCUAACAACUCGCAGAAUCAGACCACGGCCAAGAACGCGAAAAAUGUGGCAAAUGCAAAGGGCAAUGCUGCAGAUGCGAGGGGCAAGAAAGGCGGGAAAGAUAGCGGGAGUGGCAAUGCCACAAUCAGUACAACCCCGGUCGUCAAUGCGAGCGCUAGUGACUUCUUAGCUGCGGCGGCUGCGGCUGCGGCGCUGAAGAGGAAAAAGAACAGCUCAGCCAACAAUAGCAGGCAGCAAGAUGGUGGCGCCGGUAGCGGUAGUGCUGGAGCUGGAGCAGAGGACGGUUUGAGGUCAAAGAUGGACCAGUUAUCUAUCGAUGCCAUCUUCGCACCCGCGCCAAAGAACAAGUCUGGCAAGGCCAGUAGCAGUGCCGGCGAUGGGAACGACGACGACUAUGACCACGAGGUUGAGGAGUUCAAGAGAAUAUGUGCCGUGAGCAUGCAACCGCCCACGACACGAAAGAAAAUGAGCGUAGAUCUUAAUCUGAUUGCUCUAGCUGCGCGGAGUCGAUCAUAGGAUUUUGGAGUAUCUAGGAGUGAAUUGACCAGAUAGGCACAACCCUUUAAAUUUUAAAUUGAAUAACCGGACGGUUUGGUGACCUCGA